ACAGACCCCGUGGGGGUGUCACGGACCCCGUCAGGGGGUGCAGGGAGUCCGUGUGGGGCUGUGAGGGACCCCCUGGGAGAUGGCGGGACACUGAGGGGGUCAGGGAUCCCAGAGCGGGGCAUGGGGACCCCAGAGGGGCAGGAGGACCAUGGGAAGGGGGUGGGACCCUAUAGGGGAUGCAGGGACCCCGGGGUGUGGGGAAGGAUCCUAUUGGAGGGGUCAAGGACCCUAUGUUGGGGUACAGGGGUCCCAGAAGGGCACUGAGACCCCAUGGUGGGGUCAGAGAACCCAUGGGAGGGUUGUGGGACCCCAGGGGAAACACAGGGCCCCCCCCAGAGGGGGUUUGGGACCCCAGAGAGGGGUCAGGGACCCCGUGGGUGAUUUUGGGGACCGCAUGAGAGGAUGCUGGAACCCAAGGGGGUGUUUUUGGGGCCACAUGGGAAGUUUUGGGGCCCCAUGGGACAACAAAGGGACCCUGGUGAAGAUGUCUGGACCCUGGGGUGAGGUCAGAAGGGGACCCCAAAGGCGCGGGGUGCAGUGACCCCACGGAGGAAGGGGGUGCUGCUCCCCGUGCCGCAGGUUCGGGGCCAUGGCGGGGCAGGACCGGGAGCUGGAGCCGGGCUGGCUCCUGUCCCACGCCGGCCAUCCCUACCUGGACUGCAUCCUGCACAGGAACCAGCGCAGGGUGUUCGGUCUUCUGGAGCGCCCGGCGCUGCCGCCCGCCCUGGCUGUCCCCACUGUCACCUACAAACUGUUCCUGGCCGGCAAAAGUGGCGUCGGCAAAACAGCGCUGGUGGCCUGGCUGGGGGGGACCCCCGUACCCCCCGCCCACCACGAGACCCUCGGGAUCGAGGCCACCCCGCUGUUCUGGCCGGCCAAGCCCCGCUCCAGCAGCCGCCCCGUGCUGUUCCAGCUGCACCUGUGGGACUGCGGGGACGCGGCGCUCCGCAAGUUCGAGCACCUGCUGCCCGCUUGCAAGGAGGAGGCGGACGCCGCCCUGUUCCUAUUCUCCUWCACGGACCGCGCGUCCUUCGCAGAGCUGCCGGCGCUCAUGAACCGCGUGCUGGGCCCUGAGGAUCGCCACCUCGUCAGGGUGGUCGUGGGCACCAAAUUCGAUCUGUCCCCACACGCGGCYGUGACGGAGGGGGACGUCAGGGCCUUCGAGGGGACGUGGGGGCUUCGGGUGCUGCGGGUGGGGGCGACCCCGGGGGCCGGAGGGGCCCGGGCAGGGCUAGCCCGGGUCGCCCCCGUGCUGGACGCCCUGGUCGAGGGGCUCUGGCGGCGCGACCAAGUGACAGCCGGCGUCAUCCCCGGGGACAGCGGGGACCCCCCCACCUGAACCCCCCUUUGGGGCCAGGCUCGGGCGAGCAGGGGCAGGAGGGGAAAAGGUGUUUUUUACUAAAAUCUGGUUUUCUAUGAAAAAAGAUCCCUGGGUGGCCUGACUUG